AUGUAUCCAGGAUCCGUAAGGUGCAACAGCAGCAGCAGCAGCAACAACAACAACCUGCCGGCACAAAACUUUGCCUCCACAACACCCUACGCAGAUUACAUGGGAUACCAUCCAAUGCAAAAUAUGGACCACCGUGGACAACCUUCAGGGGCUUGGGGAGCACAUUAUGGCCUGCAAAGGGAAGACUGGAAUGCUUAUGGCCCAGCACCUUCCAACACUGUGACCGCUACGCAAAUGAAUGGAUCAUCUCCCGGGCAGGUUUCCUAUAGUUCUGCUGAUUACAACUCCUUGAAUCCCGCUGGAUCGGGGGCUUUACCUUCUGUAAAUACAAUCAAUACAGAGCAAAUCUCUCCCCACAGUCAAAGACACAGCUCUUAUGAAUGGAUGAGGAAAACAGUCCAAUCCACUUCAACAGGUAUGUCGGCGAGGACUAAUCUAUACACGGAAAUCUCUAGCAUUAUUCUGUGCCAUCUCACCCACACACCUCUGCAAGGGAAUACAAAACUCUUGCUCAAGAUGAAAAAGAUUGCUUCCCUAGACGUUGUCUAUGCUUUUGAACAAAUUUGAUUUAUUGUCCUUCUGAUAUCAAUGAAAGAUCAGAUAUAAUGAAAUAAUCACCACAUGCAAUGUGCAGAAACAAGGGUUUGGGGGAGCGGGAUAAGAGAAUUUUUAAUUGAAAGUGAACUGGGGUAAUAUCCAUCUAAGUCAUAUUUAAAGAGAUUCACUGAAAUAAAUGGACUUAAAGUGAAUGAUUUCAAUGGGGGCACUCUGAGUAUGACUUACGUUAAUUGAUUUCAAUGGGUCUACUUUGAGUAUGGUUUAGCUUGUUAUUACCCAAAGUCUUUUAAAUGAGAUAAUCCGGCAAAUAUUUUUUUUAAAAAUAUUCAACAUAACCUUAUGCCUGUUUAUAGGAAUUAAGUCUUACUCCCAUAUAGGACAGCAGACUGAAACACGCUGUUUUGGUAGCACUGUAAUUGAAUAUAUGGCUCAUUUAAAAGUAAGCUUCUCACAUUUUCUGCACACUUGUAUGACUGAAAAACUAAAAUGGUCUUGAAGGAGAAAAGUUAUAUUCACAUAAAGCUUCACAUCUUCUGAGGUCUACAUGAGAGGGAGGUCUGCAGCAUCACACCAUGGUUAUAUGUUCAAUUUAUAGGGUUUCAUGCAUUAACACUUCAAAUGGAAACAGUAGAUGAAAGGUCAUCCUUCACUUUAAAAUGCUAGGCAUGCUCAGAGGCUGCAGGGAUCUAACACACACAACCAGCUUGAUCUUUUCAUAGGAGUUUCAAUAGUGAGCUGGUGAAAUAAAAAUUGUAUAAAAUAUAUCUCGGAGCUCCAGGAAAAUAUUUGUUAGAUAAUGGACUAGAAUAAAGGUGUUGGCGGGGUGUGUGUGUGAGGAGGAACUGCCAGAUUACUAAACACUCAGUAAUUAUAGUAUAUGGACAAUGAAUACGGUAAUAAAAUUCUGGUUUUAAAGUGCUGCAUUAAAAAGAGAAUCCUGAACAACCACAGCUACUGUGUGGUUUGACUGCGGCUAUUAAGAGACCGUGGAAGUUAAUUGCUGCAAUACCUGGUGCUCUAUAACAUAAUGCAUAAUGCCAGGAUCCCAAAAUGAGCCAGGCACACUUUUGCAGGCAAUCCUUCAAAUAACAAUAGUGCUAUUGGGGGGGGGGGGUGUUAAGUACUGCAAAAACUUAAAUGUAUUUAGUUUUCAAUUGAAUCCAUUGGUUAUGAAAACAGUAGUGUAAACAUAUUACUCCUUGCUGAUUAUGUAAAGUACAGGAAACUCUGAUCAGUGAUUUGAACAUCUAAGGGCUCAACUGUGAUAUUAUGGCUUACUGUUAAUCAAGCCUCAUGGAAUGCUGGGGCAUGUAAAUCUCAAGGGGCUAAUCAAUGGUUUAAAUUAUUUCUUCCAAGUGAAGGACUGUGGUAAAGUAUCUCUCUAAAAACAGGCUACUGGAAAGGUCUCUAUUGAAAUAACUUUCUACAUUGCUUUUGAGGCCUCUUAUUAUUAUAUUCCUCCUUCCGUCAAAGGAAUUCAUGGGUUCCCUUCUCAUUCUAUCUUCACAAAAACCUUGUGAAGUAGGCUAGGCUGAGAGGCAAUAACCGGUUAAGUGAGGAUUUGAACCCUUAUCUCCCGGAACACUCUAACCGCCACACCGACUUUUAAAAAUGCUGCUAUGUAAGUACCUAGAGAUGCCAUUCUUAGGUUUCAGCACAGUCCCCCUCUCUGGAAGUUCAAUCUCUGAGGCUCAAAUCCUACACAUGUUGAAGCUUGCAAUCUCAACUCCAUUUACCUCUGAAUUAAUAUGCUUUGCUUAUGAGUAGACAUGAUUAGGAUUGCACUGUUAGCCACAUUUGAAACAGGGUGAAAUUUUACUUACAAGCAAACAUGCACAGAAUAUUGCUGCAUGACUCCUUGUCAGUGCCCAGCCUACACAUACAAUAGAACAAUUAGAUCUGUCUGAUAUAUCUAACCAGACACAACAAAGAAAGUACGUCUUCACACAGCACACGGCUAAACUAUGGAAUUUACUCCAAUAAUGUGAUGGCCACCAGCUCAAUAACUGUGUUCUACUUCCAGUGUCAGAGACAGUAUGUCCCAAUACCAGGUGCUGGGAUUCACAAGUGGUGAGAGUUGCUGUUGCUUGCUGGCUUCCCAUAGGCAUCUGAUUGGCCACUGUGAGAACAGGUUGCUGAAUGAGGCAGGCCUUUGGCCUAAUGCUGUUUUCUUCUUAUAUUUUGAUGUUAACAAAAAUAACAAAUUCCAGAGGGGUAGCUGUUUUAGUCUGUGGCAACAAAAAUAACAAGGAGUCUCGUGGCGCCUUGAAGACAAAUAAACACUUCCUGCCUCACAAUGCAAAACCAGAUUGGUAGACAAUUCUAACUAAAAUUAAACACACCAUGCUAGAGCCCUUUAGAACCUAACAAAUUAAUAAUAUAAGAACUGUCCUGUAAACAGGAACCGAUUCAGCUGCCCGGUCCAACAUUCUGUCUUCUGCAAUAGCCAACAAGGUGUCAUGAACAUUCCAUGAACAGUGCACAACAAAGCAGUGCUUGUUUGCUUCCAGAAAUCAGGGCAGCUGAUAGAACCUGCCCUAAGGAUAUUUGGCAGCAAAGUGCUUAUUCAAAUGCUCUUUUUGGAUGCUAUACUCUCUACCAUCAGGACUAUCAGCAGCUCUUCUUUGUACAGAAUCCAAGUGGCCAACAAUUAAGGCAAGAACACUCAGUUAAAGCAUAUUUAAAAAAUUGUUACUAUUGAGCAUUUUUCCUCCACUGUGCUAUAUGGAAUUAGGUGAUAGCCAACUCUGGAAAGCAGCUUGUCAAUUUUUUUUUAGAUUAUUAUUAUUUUCCAGAACUGAGCUCUGCUUUGACCUUGAGAAAGAGAUUGGAUCUUCUGGAAAGAAUCCAAAUGGAACCUACAACCAAUUAGAAACACAAUUCCCCCCCCCCCCCGGUAUAUACUCUUGAGAACAGAACCUUUUAGAGCUAGUUAUCUCACCAGUUUCCUUAUAAAAUGUCUUUACUGAGCUAAGUUUCUAAGUGCUGCCCACUGCAGUCUUAGAUAGCCGCUACAACAAGGUAGACACAUGCAGACAAACUUUGUGUUUGUGGUCAACAUCAAGUCAUCUGUUAGCAGCCAGAGCUUUCAGAUUUAAAGUUUUAAAAUAUGACAAAACCAAUAUGAUGCAUGCCUUGUAAAUUUUUGACUUGCUGUCAAGCAUAUACUGCUACAAAGACUUGGUAGUUAACAUAGCAGAUGGCCAAACUUCUCAUAUUUGGUUCCGUUGCUUUAUAUAGUGUAUUUAGCACCAACAGUGGCAGAUGCUCCCCUGUGAGAAGAGAAGUACUAGGUCAGAGGUUGUCAAACUGCUUUCAAGGGUAUUGUGGGCUUUCAAGAAGUUUAUCAGGGGUUCCUUGAUGAGUGUUAACACUGGCUAGCUUUCUCUGCAAAACAGUUUGACCAGAAGCUGAGCACUUCUUUUGGAGUAUGUUUGCCCAGAGAGAACAGACCUGCCUUUAAAUAAUAAAUAUCCCCUUCAAAUGCAGAGAGCCUAUUGUUUUGGUUUGUACCAGUUGGGCCUCCACCCUUUUGCCAUCACAUUUCAUUAUUGGUGCCACCUUCUCAUGCCACAAUGGAGAAGGCACUGUAGAGUUCAGGUACUGCUUGCAGGCUUCCCAUGGGUAUCUAGUUGGCCACUGUAAGAACAGGAUGCUGGACUAGAUGGGCCAUUGGCCUGAUCCAGCAGGACACUUCUUACACUCUCGUGCUCACAUCACUCCAGAUCUUCCUCUGCUGCUGCUGUAUGAGGUUUAUGGGUUUUUUCAAGGUACAGCCUCAUGGUGAGGAGAAACUUGGUCCAUGCCAUGUGCUGUGUCUGUGUCUUUUCCCUGGGAUCUGCUUUGUUUUCUACCAGAAUCUUAAAGUUCACCAAACAGAGUCAGGUGCAAAAUAGUGCAUAAAGAGGCCCAGUUUAGGUGUAACAAUCACAGUCCAAAAAACCAGGGUUCCAUGGUUAUUAGGUCAAGAGCUAGCAUUAUGUAUAUAUGUGUGUGUGCUUCCUAUUGCACUUCCCUCCCUCCUUUGUUUUCUUGCAGGCCUUAAUGCAAUAUUUCCAGGGAUUGUUAAUCCAUUAUCGGUUUCAGGAAAUCCAAUUUUUAAGAGAAGGGACUUCUCUUGUUACUACUGCUAAACAAUAAAGGGAUUUUGUUUGUUUGUUUACAAUCAAGCAGUACUGUAUAUAAAUUGUGUUAAAUAAUUUAAAAAAUACUGUAAAUCACUGAAAGGUCUGUCAGUAGAUACCAAAUCUCCUCUCUGCAUACAAACACAACCCCACUCAAGAAUUUUCUGCAGUAGGCGGAAAGGUAAAUGUAGAGUAAGUUUCCUGAAAGUGGAAAGUUUAAAAGCACAUUUAUACCACUUUAGCACUCAUUGCUUUCCCCAAAAAAUCCUGGCAGCUGCAGUUUACCACUCAUUCCCAAAACACUCUUAGCAAAUUAUAGAGGGUGAUGUGAUUGGUGUAAAUAGAUGAAUACUGACUUUUUAUAAUAAUUUUUUAUUAGUUUUCAAUUACAGUACAGCCCAAUAAUAGCCUCAUUAUAACAAUACCAAUUUAUAAUACAAUUAUUAAUAACAAUCAUUCAAAUACCGAAUUAUACAAUUUAGAUAAAGUGGGGCCCCUCAUAACAAUCUACCCCCAAACGUUUUUCAGACAUCUGCUUUCUUUCCUUCUCCUAUCAGGCCUGCUACCCCCAAGGCCUCUUAACUUAGGAAUCCUGUACAAUGGACUGUCCCUUUUCCCUAUGUUGCUUUCCUGAUUCUAAGCACAUGCAGAUAUGAGAGUCAGGAGGGAAAAUAGCAAACUUUAGCUCCCCAUAGCCAAAAUACACACAAAAGAGUUUUGUCCUUUAACUGUAACUCUGUACAAGUUGCUCUGAUUGCCCUUGACACCAUAUGUGGAGAUAUCUCCACAUACUUGCGGUUUUCAGACUUCCUCCACUGUCAUAGGCAGAAAGCCCAUGUACACCUGUUGGUGGCAAUCACAAGUGGGAAGAGUGCUGCUGCACUCUGGUUCUCCUAGUGUGCUUCCUUUUGAGGCAUCUGGUUGGUCACUGUGAGAGUAGGAUGCUGGACUAGAUGGGCCUUUGGCCUGAUCCUGCAGCCAGGUUUUUCUGAAGUUUUUAAAUUCAACAUUUUCUCUGGCCCAGGGUUCACUUUUGCUCCCUUUCUCGAAGGAUUUAGGUAAAAAUAUACAUUUAUGUGGGGGUUACGUUCUGAGACAUCGCGCACAUCAGUGAAAUAACUGAACUCUGUUAAGAAAGACUGUAAACACCAGCUCUGCCCUUUUAGUGAUGUUUCAGUGAUGUCUUUAUGACGCUUCCAGGUCACUUUUGGGUUCACUACAUAUUGAACGCACAUAAAUGGGGGGCUGCCUGUACUGUGAUGUCAAUGCUGACAGGAAUAUAAUAAUAAUAAUAAUAAUAAUAAUAAUAAUAAUAAUAAUUUUUAUUUAUACCCCGCCCUCCCCAGCCAAGGCCGGACUCAAGGCGGCUUACAAGCAAUAAUAAAAACAAGUUGAAUGAUUACAACUUAAAAACAAAAUUAAAAUACAACAUUAAAAUAUUGAAAUAUUAAAAUAUAGCCUCAUCGCAGGAGGAGAAGGAAAAGAAAAAAGAGAGGGAGGGAAUCAAAUUGGCUCCAAGCCAAAGGCCAGGCGGAACAACUCUGUCUUACAGGCCCUGUGGAAAGAAAUCAGAUCCUGCAGGGCCCUGGUCUCAUGAGGCAGAGAUUCCACCAGGCCGGAGCCUGUCUUGCACCAUGCCAGACUAUUGGCCCAUCUAGCGUAAUAUUCCCUCUACAGUGACUGAUAGCAACCCUCAAGGGUUUCAGAGAGGAGUAUUUCCCAGCCCUACCUGGAAUUGAACCUGGAGCACUUGGCAUGCAAAGCAGAUGCUCUGCCACUUGGCUGUAAGUCUCUGUUUAUUUUUGUCGUGCAGUCACUAUUAAUAUCGUGAACUGAUAGGUCCUUGUUUCAAAUCUUGCCUCCUCAGCCAUGAAUUCACUAGGGAAACCGCCAUCUCUCUUCUUGAAAAUGGGGGUGCUUUUAAUACUGACCUACCUUAUGUGGUUGUUGUACAAAUUAAAGAGACAAUGUACAAUAUGUGAGGCAACUUGAACACUCUAAAAUGCUAUAUAAAUGCUAAGUAUAGAUACAAUAGAUGCCUAUUGUAUAUAUUAUCCUACCAUUCUUUUUCAAGAACAAUUCAAAUCCAGAGCUGCAACAUGGAAACAGGAGAGUCAAGGCAAGAUACAUAAAAGGCAAAUAUCGGUCAGCCGACCCCCCGCCGUGUGUGUGUGUGUGUGUGUGUAUGUAUGUAUAUAUAUAUAUAUAUAUAUAUAUAUAUGCAUGCCUUAAAGGCCUACAUGAGACCGAGUGAUAAAAAACAGUAAUAUUAACUUAAGACACAGCCUGAGAAAAUGUGGGAGAGGAAUCUGCAAAAUAAAUUUACGAUUUUAUAAUAUGUUUUAAGAUAAAUUUUCCAGUGCUGCAUACCAAUUGUAGAACAAAUUUUAAGAACCACAAUUAUAAAAAAAUCAGUCAAGAAGCGGAACAAUUUAAGAAUCACUAUCUGCAAUCAGGUCUACGGACAGAUUAAAAGGUAGAUUAAGGAUGUAAUCCUAAAGCGGGCCUGAGCACAUGUAAUUUAAGGAAAAUGAUACUUACUCUGCUUUGGUAUGCAUCCUUCCCGUAACUCUCUGGGUUGCUAUUUGAUUUUGGUGGUUGUGUAUUAUUAGCUGUAAGAAAAAUAAAAGGAAACUGUCGGUCAUAAUAUGUGAAACUGAAUUUAAAAAAACCAAACCCUCUUGCUCAGAGUAGAACCACUGAAAUUAAUAAAACCAAGUUAGUCAUGGUCAUUGAUUUCAAUGGAUCUACACUGUGAAUGUAAGUUGAAUACAAUCCUUAUAGUACAGAAGGGGUGGUGCAAGGGUGGAGGAGAGAACUACUGAAGAUUAUUCAUCCACCUCAUCCAAUGCCCUCCUGCACACCACCUGGUAGGAUGGGCCACAGCUGAGCUCUUGUCCUUUAUUUUAUUUUAUUUUUUAAAAUAACCAAUAUAGAGCCAGUGUGGUUAAAGACUAGGAGCUGGAAGACCUCGAUUUAAACCCCAACUCAGCCAUGAAACUCACUGGGUGACCUUGGGGCAAUCAGUCUCUACUACACUACCCCACAGGAGUGUUGUGAGGCUAAAAUGGGGAGGGGGCAGAACCAUGUACAGCAGCUUGAGAUCAUUGGAGCAAAAGUCGAAUAUAAAUGUAAGAAUAAAUGUAGAAUAAAUACAUCUUUUGUCCUGCUGGAAACUGUGUGAAGGAAAUAAAAUCUAGGGCUAACGUAAUUACCUAGAGGCAUUAACUGGAGUGGGAAGCUGUUGGAUCUGAGCUUUUGCUUGGUCCAUCCCGGCACUCCUCUAAUAUUGGGAGGGCAAGUUUGGGUUCAUGUUUGGGUUCCCUUACACCAGCUCUCCCUGUCUGGGGCAGAAUCUCUCUCUCCGUUGGGAGAGAGAACUGGUGCUUCCUAUAGCCUUUGGGGCACCCUCCCAGGAGCUACAUAAUUGUAAACCUGAGACCAUUGAAAAUGUCUGGGUAAAUAAAAGUCUUUGCCUGAUAAGGAAGAGGCAGUGUUUUGGUGACAAAACUGCAGAGAGAGUGUGCUAACACCAAAAUGUCUCUCUACCUGGUCUCUAUCUGCCUCUUCCAGGGCUGGAUUUAGGUUUGAUGAGGCCCUAAGCUACUGAAGUAAUGGGGCCCUUUAUAUGUCCAGCUGUCCUUUGUCAACAACAAAUUGUGACUGUUUUUUGUGUUGAAUAUAUGCUAUAUGGUAAUUUAUGGACCUAAUAGGUUUCUAACCAGUGAUAUUUUAGGGAGCAGUCUAGCAGACGGGGCCCAUUACUUACAUCAUAGGAGCCUACACAACACAAAACACUUGUUGCUGUAUGUAGGUUUUAUUUUAAUUGUUUUUUAUCUUAUAUUUUGGAAAUGUACAUCCAGGUUUUUUUCCUUUAAUUUUUUGGGGGGGUCUCAUGAGAGUGGGGCCCUAAGCUAUAGCUAGUUUAGCUUAUACGUAAAUCGGGCACUGGCCUCAUCUCUUAAGAUUUAUCUUAACCUGUUAGAAGACACAUGUGAACGUAGGCAGCCUCAGAGAUAUUUUAUUGUUGUUUUAUUACUUAUUUAAUUUAUUAAUGGCUUCUUAUGAAAUACAUAAAAGCAAUUUCACAAUACAAUGAAAACAGAUUUAAGCUAAAACAACUGCACAUAUAAAAAUUGUUAAAACAAUAGUGAUUUAAAGAUUAAAACCAACAGCACUAUGAAUUGUGCUCAGAAACAGACAAUAAGUUAAGUUCCAAAAUUGGCAAUACAGUGGUACCUCGGGUUACAAACACCUCGGGUUACAAAAACUUCAGGUUACAGUCUCCGCUAACCCGGAAGUAGUACCUCGGGUUAAGAACUUUGCCCCAGGAUGAGAACAGAAAUCACGCGGUGGCAGCAGUAGGAGGCCCCAUUAGCUAAAGUGGUACCUCAGGUUAAGAACGGUUUCAGGUUAAGAACGGACCUCCGGAACGAAUUAAGUUUGUAACCAGAGGUACCACUGUAUAUAUUCCUGCCCAGCAAUAUAGUACUCUAUUGUUAUUUUUGGAACAGCUACAUUUCCCAAGUAGUCUUCAGUGCCAGCCUCAUGCACAGCCCAUUGCAGUAGUCUAAUUUGGAGAAAAGGACAUGAAAGCAGAAAGUAUAAGGAGAUGGUGCCCACCUCCAUACACUUCCAUUUAUCAACAAGCUAAGAGUGCAAUUCUCCAGGAAGACCUCAUAUUAUGUUAGCUCCUCUUCCACAGCUGCUGUUCAUUUUAAGGGAGCUUGCUCAGAAGAAUCUGCCAAAGGCUUGUGUCCUAUAUCAGUUAUUUAAUACCAUGAAGGUACAUGGCACCUCACAGAAUAGCAUAAGCAAAAUGACAGUAAAACCCUUUAAAACUUUGACUGUGGACGGAUAAAUAAGGGACGGGUAAGAGAGACUCAUACCAAGCAGUGAAUGAGAGUCAAACAUUAUAAAGCUUUGUUUCAAGGAAAUGAGGACUAAUAUAGGCCUUUGGCCCUCCAGACAGUGCUGGAAUUCCAACCCCCAUCAACCCCAGCCAGCAUGGCCAAUGGUGAUGGGAGUGAUGAGAUGGUGAUGGGAGCUGGAGGCCCACAAUUUCCCUAUCCUUGAAUUAAGUGGUAAAACCAAUGGACUGUAUUCAAAUGUUUUAUUCAAAGUAUAACCAUUAAAAUUAAUGGAUGUGCCUAGUUUAGGCCCAUUAAUUUCAGUGGGUCUGCUCUAAGUAGGACUUACUUGAAUACAACCCAAAAUAAGGCUAGAUUUGAGUAUCCCCCACUUCUAUAAUAAGUUUAACAAUUACAUCAGUCACUAUGCUAACAGUUGAGCUUUAGAUCUCGUUCACAUUUUUGCCCAGGACCAUCUCUUUGUUGCUUUGAAGUAGAUUUAAUGUGUAUAAUUAGAACUGUGUCCCCAUCACACAAACAAGAAUAUCAACACGGCCUCUUUUUUAUCACCCUGCAGAAGUCACAGACAUAGACUAAUUCAUGUGACAAAGAGGAUGUUAAUGAUGUAAAACAGGAGCAACUCUCAAGCAAGGAGGACAGGGUGAGCCAGAGGCAGUUUUCAUGCUAAUUUAUUUUGCUUUGUAAACUAGCUGUGAGGUCUGAGCAUCCCCCACCCCGCCAUGUCUUGCCCCUUCCAUCCAUUGUCUUCAGUUCAGAGGCCUCUCUGCCAUGUUAAGCAACAGACCCUCUUUUGACACCUCUUCCAGCUUUGAUGUGCAUCCCUGUCUCUUCCUUCUCUUCCUUUUAUUUAGCAGUUAUACUGCCGGAAAGAGUGACAAUUUUCACAGCAAAUAAAGAGGCCCGAUCUUUGCUUUUAUUGUGUUCAAAAGAAACACUCUGUGAAUUUUAUGGCCAAUAGGAAAACUUCCCCCACCCCCUUCCCAUCCCACACAAUACUCAGGCUGAGUCACAGACUGGUAAAAUAACAGGAGUAUCCUAAUACAGGUCAAACAUCAGGUGAGUACUUUCAUGGCAUUUAGAACAGCCUGAUUUCCACAAAAGAUUACAAAUGAACACUUAAAUGGCUCUGCCCUCACAUUUGCACAUCGUAAUAAUUAAUUUUGAAACAAGAUAAAACAAAAACUUUUCUCACAUGUUUUUUUAAAAAAGGGGCUACAGCCCACGAAACCACUGGGAAUCACUAUAUUCCCCCACCACAUGCCCCAAACACACACAUAUAAAAAUGAAUGGGAGAAUGUUCCAAUUGUUUUCUUUAAAAACACAAAAUACAAUUCAGCCCAAAUAAAGCACUUUUAAAUCCUGUUUAUUUCAAUGGAAUACCUGUUGACUUUUCUGGGGCUGGUUGUACAAACUGUACAAGCAAAACAAAGUCUGAAAAUUAGGCAAAUUGCAACAAGUUGUUUUAUACACACAAUUCCUUGCUUAUUUAAAAGAAGGUAGAGAUUGAAUGUUUCCCUCAAGAAAAAUAACUUUACACAUGAUCUGAGACAAUACCAAGAUCCACAGGCAGAAUCCACACAGAGCUUGAGGACAUGUUUAACUCCCCCAUAGCAAACAGAUCAAAUGUGCUUCAUUUUGGCUAGAUGGUACCCUAUUUGCCUUAUGAUAUUGAGUAAGUAAAGCAGUGGUACUAAUUGUAAAGAACUAGGGAAAGCAAGGAUGGUAAACCAUUUAUAGAGUCACAUUCUCUUCUUGCAGGGCUGGUGGUGUUGUGCCAGUGGUGAGUGGGACCUGAGGUAACAGUAGACAGAGCAACAAAUGUAAAUUGUGCCUUUGAACUGUAGGCUUGUUUCUACAUACACUCACACACCGCUCUCUAUUUUUAAGUUUGGCAAUCAAGAGGCAUUAUCAGAGAUCAAGGACACCUUCCAGACAGGGUAUGGAGCAGGGCUGCUGAGGGUUGUGGCUUAGGAGAGUCCUGAGGGCAGCCUGAGGAGAGUCUUGAGGGCCAGUAUUAAAAGGGUUUGUAGAAUGAUUAAACAAUUUAGGACUAGUUCAAAUAGUGCAUCCCACUCAAGCCUUUAUAGAUGCCUAUAAAAAUGUAAUGCAGACAUUGCUAUUCUCAUUAGAGCACUGAGUACAUCUAUAAUUACCAGGUUUAACUGCUAAUUUUUCCACACAGUGUUAGAGGGCCUUUUCAACAGAAGCACCAAAGUGGGGAUCACCCUCUGAGGUAUAACUUGCACCAACUUUGUACAGCUUUUGUCAACAGGUCAAGAUGCACUUCCUUGCCUAGGCUUUUGGAGAGGUGAGGUGGGGUGACAAUCCACUCUUUCUGCUGCUUCAAUGUGCUGUUCCUUUUAUUGUAUAUUUUCUGCAAUUUUAAGGUAUUUUAUAUUUGUGUGUUUUUACGUAUCCCAUCGUGGGGCUCCUUGGAUGAAGAGUAGGCAAUAAAAGUGAUACAGUCACCUGCCCUGCUCCUGGAUCUGAUUGGUUCGGGUGGAGGGGCAGGAAGUGCUUCUUGCUCCCCCACCUUCUACCCAAACCAAUCAGAUCCAGGAGCAGAGGAGGAACUACUCUUUUUCAAAAGGCAAGACAGAAAUAACCUAUAUAACAGUUUGCUAAGAACUAUAACAUGAAGAGCCCAUGCUUGAGCUUGUUUUUCCCUUUCUCUGCCCGUUCAUUUCCCCUAGUGUGUCAAUGUCUUGAGCCUAAGGACAGGAACUGUAUUAGUACUGAGCUUGGUAAAUUGCCUUGGGAGAUUCCCCCCCCCCCAAAGGGCAGGGUAUAAAUGCAACAAACAAACAAACAAAGUUGAAAAAGAAAUAUUUAGUCAUAGAAUUGAAGAGAUGGAAGGGACCCUGAGGAUCAUCUAGUCCAAUCCCCUACAAUGUAGGAAUAUGCAGCUGCCCCAUAUGGGGAUCAAAAUUGCAACCUUGGCAUUAUCAGCUAUAACCCACUAAGCUAUCCACGAAUUUGUUUAUUUUCAGUUAAUAAAAAUUAAAUCCUCUUGAUAGUAAGAAAACCGCUGUGUGAUUUACAAAAAUACAAAUAUAUAUAUAUAUAUAUAUAUAUAUAUAUAUAUAUAUAUAUGUUUAAAGCAGAUGUUGAAAAACAUUCAAAUGCUUAUUAAAAUAAAAAAAAAGCUAAAAAUAAAUGAAACACAUGUAACGUCUACAUUUCUGGAUAGGCUUUCCCAAACAAAAAUGUAUUUGACUGACACCGAAAAGAGAACAGUGCAGUGAACUGGCCCCAAGCUAUUAAGCGACUACUGUAAUUGUAACCCCUUGAAAUUGGCCCGGUUUCAAAUGGGAAACCAGUGCAGAUCUGAAGAGAAGCGUAUGCAGACAGGAUCUAACUCCUGUAAGCAACCAUGCUGGAGAAUUCUUCACAAACUGUAGUUUCUGGAUCAGGUGCCAGGGAAGUCCCACAAAGAGUGCACUGCAGUAAUCCAACUUUGAAGUCACCAGUGCUGGAACUAUUGUGGUCAAGCUCUGCAGGCUGAGGAAUGGCUGUAGCUGUCACCCCAUUCACAGUUGGUAAAAGGUGCUUCUAGCCACUAAGGCUAUUGGAGCCUCCAGUGACUUGCACUGGAUCCAGAAGCAUUUGCUGCACUGUGUACCUGCUUCUUCAAGGGGAGAGUAACCAUGUCAAGGAAUGCAACAAUAGCCCAUAUUCUCAGCCACAGGAACCACUCACCCAGUGCCUCCAUCUUGCCAGGAUUCAAGCUUAGCUUAUCUCACCUCAUCCCAACACCAGUCCAAAGCCUACAUGACAUCUCCUACUUCAGAUGUUAUGGAGAAAUAGAGCUGAGUGUCAUCAACGUACUGAUGGCACCUUAACACAAAACUCCAAAUGGCUGGCCACAGUAGCUUCAUAUAGAUAUUAAAUCACACUGGGGAUAGAAUGCUAUUCUUUAUGUAGAAUAUUGUGGAAUGCUCUCCACAAGAAGGAUUGCCUGCCACAUUUGUUACAAAUCUUUAGGCGCCGGGGAAAACAUUCCUCUUCUCCCCAACCUUUGGCUAGUUAAACAAUCUAUGGCCUUUACAACUGUGUGUUGGUGGUGGUGGGAUCAUUAUUUUUGUUUGUUACUAUCUUAUCUAUUUGUUGUGUUUUUAUAUUGUUAACCGCCUUGUGAUCCUCAGGUGAAGGGCAGUAUAUGAAAGAAAGAAAGAAAGAAAGAAAGAAAGAAAGAAAGAAAGAAAGAAAGAAUAGUAUUGGGGAUACAACAGUGCCCUGCAGCACCUAGCAUAACUGCGAGGAAGCCAGAAAGCACUCUACCACUACUAUUUGUCCCCUUAGGUAGGAUUCGAACCCCUGGGACACAGGGCCCUCAAUUCCCAUUCAACUGAGUCAGUCCAGAAGGAUACCAUCAUCAAUGGUACUGAAAGUCACAGAGAAAUCAAGGAGCACAGUCACACCCCCUUUAUUUCUCUCUCUGUAUAGUUCAUUAUCAGGACAACAUACAUAGAAUGGUAGAGCUGGAAGGGACCCAAAGGGUCAUCUAGUCCAACCCCCUGCAAUGCAGGAAUGUGUACACAUACAGACUACUACUGUCAAGAAAGCGAGCGUAUGCAGGAGUGCGUAUCCUGGCACUCUCCAGAAUAUAUGUAUACAUCUGUAUUUCAGUCAAUCAAGACACAUACAUCAGACAUGCCAAAUUUUCUGGUUUGGAAAUACCUAUGCGUAUUUUGUUUUUUUCUGAACAGGUAAAACAAGAACAAGAGAGAAGUACCGUGUUGUUUACACAGAUCAUCAGCGAUUAGAACUAGAGAAGGAAUUUCAUUACAAUAGAUAUAUUACAAUCAGGAGAAAGUCUGAACUUGCUGCAAACCUGAGACUUUCAGAGAGACAGGUAGAGUAUGGUUUCCAAUACAAAAGAGGUAAAUUACUGGACCAAAUUUGGGUGGUGUUAAAACAAAAACUGCAAAGCUUUCAAGGGAGGUAUGUGUAAAAUGGCUCAGUUCAACUCACCACGACUAUUUACUUUAAUAAUGUUUUAUAAAUAAGUGGUCUAAAUGUUUUUAUUAUUUAUAAAUAGACAAAAAUUGCCAUGAACAAGGUAUUAAGCACACCUUAUUGAGUCUGCUCAGAUUUUAAAAGGUGACUCUGUAUAGUUAUUUUUAAGGUUUUAAGCUUGAAAUGGGAGUAAAAACUUGUGGAAUGCAUGAAGUAUGCUUUAAGAAAAGCUAACUAGCAUGCUGGCUGUGGUUGAUUGGAGUUGUCGUCCAACAUACCUGGACGGCAUCAGGUUUGCAAAGGCUGCAUUAAGGUUGGAAAGAUAGGUAUGCACCUUAGACCAGGUCACACUGUUUAUCUCACCCUUUACCCUGAGAGGCAGCAGUAGGGAACUUUCCCAUCACUUGCUACCUGUGUCAGGGACUGAAUCUGAGCCUUUAUGCAUGCAAAGUACAUGCUCUGUGCUGAACUACUGUAUGAGUCCCCCUCUCCCCGAGUUGUUGCCAACUUAUCAGAGAAAAACCAGCACAGCCUGCUCCUGUCUCUUUAACUGUAGUUUGAUAUGCAGUUGUCAUUAGAUGAAGCUUUUCAUGGCAGGCAUAUAAGAUAUCAAUAUUUCAAAAAUGAGAAAUCUAUUGUGUGCUUGAUAACACUACUAUUCUCACAGUAAGAAUUAGUGGCACACUACAUACCUGCCCCCUCAUUUCAGGCAAUACUGUAAUUCUCUCAACUUCUGAUUCACUUGGACUUAGUUUGUCUUGCCCGUAUAAUAUCUCUCACAGAGCCUGGGAGGCAAGAGCAGUACUUUUUUCUGGGGGUACAUGGGGAUACACAUACCCCUAAAUAUUUUGUGAAUCUAUGUUUGGGCUCAUCGAGGAGCAGUAUUUCAAUAUGAGUAGGAAAAAACAUUUUUUAAGAAAAAAAGCACUGGGCAAGAGUAUCCAGUUGUUAAGACACAUGAGCAGAAACAUAUCUAGAAGUGGUGCUAUCUUGGUGGCACAAGCUGCCACCACAAUUUGAGUAAGUUCACUCAAAAGUUAAUGAGGGUGGUGCGUCUGUAAUGCUAGGUGAGGGUACUAAAGAUGGCACUGCUUGCUUGCACAGACACAUUGCACACAACUUCUUAGAAGCACAAUGUAUGUGCCUUUCUGUCUGAUGUCACAGUCUGUCAACAAAUGUAAAGGGUGGCAAAUACAUCCAUUUUGUUGUUUUGCUGCCCCUCACAUUGGACCCAAAUGUGCAACACACACCUUCCCAGUGAUUUAAUUAGAGAAAGCCAUACAAAGAAGGACAUAUGCAUUUAUAAUUUAGUGGUAAGCAACUGAAACCAUUAUAUUAUUUGCCCUUGUAGGUAAAAAUCUGGUUCCAGAACCGAAGAGCCAAAGAAAGAAAAUUAAUGAAGAAGAAAAUGACAAGUUUUGAUGGCAGCAGCCUCAGUUCCAUCCAGAGUGACUCAGGUUCAAUGAGUCCCAUCCCAAUGCCUGACCCACAGACUCAUUCAGAAAUGGCUGGUACUUUAUUCCCACCACCUCCACCACCUGCUCCUCUUCCAAUGAAUGGCUUACAGCACAAUGGAAAUCUCCAGCAAGUUGUGGCAUCUCAGUAA